AAAUUUACUUUGAUGGCGGAACAACAGUGGCGUUUUGGGGGAAACUCGAAGGUGAUCGGAGCGGGGGCGAUGACGUUGAGAGGGGUGAUGGACGGAGUUAUGAAAAAUUUAGAUGAAAAUAAUGGAAAAAGCGUUAUUCAUCUAAGCCAAGGAGAUCCCUCCGCCUUCCCUUCCUUCCACAUCUCCGCUUUCGUGGAGGAGGCCGUCUCCAAUGCCCUCCGCUCCGCCAACUUCAACGGCUACUCCUGCACCGCCGGUCUCCCCGCCGCCCGCAGUGCUGUAGCAGAGUAUCUCUCAAAAGACCUUCCCUACAAUGUAACAAGUGAUGAUGUUUUCCUAACCAAUGGAUGCACCCAAGCAUUGGAUGCUGCUCUAACUGCCCUUGCCCGCCCGGGGGCAAACAUUCUGCUUCCCCGGCCGGGCUACCCUGACUACGAGGCUAGGGCAGCCUUUGCUGAGGUCCGCCACUUUGACCUAGUCCCUGAAAACGACUGGGAAGUUGAUCUGGCGGCAGUGGAAGCCUUGGGAGACGAGAACACGGUCGCCAUCGUUAUAAUAAACCCUGGGAAUCCAUGUGGGAAUGUUUUCAAAUAUGAACACUUGAAGAAGAUUGCAGAAACAGCAAGAAAGAUGGGGAUCUUAGUGAUUGCAGAUGAAGUUUAUGGCCAUCUCACUUUUGGAAGCAAUCCAUUUACACCAAUGGGGGUUUUUGCAUCAAUUGCUCCCAUUAUUACACUUGGAUCAUUGUCAAAGAAAUGGAUUGUGCCUGGUUGGAGGAUUGGUUGGCUUGUCAUAAAUGAUCUAUCAAACCUUUUUUUAGCUACAAAGAUUGUUGACACCAUCAAGGUUUUUUUUAACAUUGCGUCCGACCCAGUGACCUUUAUACAGGCAGCACUUCCGGAGAUUCUAUUGAAGACUCCAACUGAAUUCUAUGACAAGAUUGUGAAUUUGUUUAGAGAAUCCGCCGACAAAUGCUACAAACUUACCAAUGAAAUUCCAGGCAUAAGUUGCCCUAUCAAACCUCAAGGAUGCAUGUUUCUUAUGAUCAAACUGGAUUUGUCGAAGCUGGAAGGGAUUAGGGAUGAUUUUGAUUUCUGCUGCAAGUUGGCUAAGGAAGAAUCGGUUGUACUUGUUCCAGGCGUUGGAUUAGGGUUGAAGAAUUGGAUGAGAGUGACAUUUGCUGUGGAGGAAUCAUACAUCGACGAAGCCUUUAGAAGAACGAGAGCUUUCUGUGAAAGGCAUGGCAAGAAACAUACACAAAUAUCAUAUUACGUUGAAUCACCCGUCUUUGAAUUUGUUUAUGUUUAG